UACGUUAGGGCUGACAUUUCGUCGUAGACAGUCCGCCUCCUCGUAUUCUUUCGGAAACACGAGGCACCUGCAACUCCUUUUCCCCCUUCCCCUUCGCCCCUCUUCGUUCGUUUGGGUGGCUCAAAAAAACGGUGCAACUGACAGUUGGUGGUUGAAAAAAAUUCUUCGGGCGUAAUCGGCUCGUUUCAUUGGAGGAAUAUCAAAAUCGUUCGAGACUUUUGAAUAACUGGUGGUGCAGACUCGGAAAAUGUUGCACAAACUCGUGACUCUUUUUCUCAUUUGCUUCGCUAUCUUGACAGCGUGCUUACAAGUUUCGUGUCUCAAUCCUGUGAACGAUACGGGAGCCGGGAACGCGAAGAAUCGUUCAACGGGGAGCAGCGAUGCAUGGGGGAAGAUAAGGCCGUUGAACUUGGGAGUUCCAAAAGAAGAGUAUCCGGGCCAUUCGUCGGAUUCGGUGAGCGAAGAAUCGAAGGCUUCGACACUGAGGACGGUAGUGGGUAAAAAUGAGGAGGGCGGCUGUGCGCCCCGUUCGAUGGACGAAUUUCCGAAGGAUUAUUUCACGGCCGAGGAGAGGCUUCACGGUGCGGCUUUGCUCCACGCUUUUUUCGGCUUUUAUUGUUUCCUCGUGACGGCAUACACGUGCAACGAUUAUUUGCUUCCGGCGUUGGAUCUCAUUUGCGCUGAUUUGAAAAUCAGUCCGAACGUCGCGGGUGCAACGUUCCUCGCGACCGCGAGCUGUUUUCCCGAGCUCUUCGUCAGCGUCGUUGGCACCUUUUUGACAGCUUCGGAUCUCGGCGUUGGCAACGUCGUCGGUGGCGCUGUCUUCGAUACCUUCGUAACACCGGCUUUUGGAGCUUUCUCCGCGAAGAAGGCCAUAGAAUUGGAAUGGGCCGUGGUCUCUCGGGACUGCAUUAUUUAUGUAAUCUCGGUGAUUCUUCUGGUCGUGGUGAUGUGGGACGGCUUCAUAACUUGGUACGAAGCGACGAUACUCAUGAUAAUGUUUGUGGCAUACCUUACCUUGCUGUUUCUCAACGAUUCGCUCCUCCGAUGCGUUCACCGAUUGAAAGGAAAGUCCACCGAGAAGUCACAGCUCGCGGCUAAUCGAGACGGAUCGAUUUCGGAACACGAAAGCAUGCCCUCGGGCUCGUUCAAGCCGUUCGUCCAUGGCGAACUUGUAGCCGAGUACAGAAACAGCGUCAUCAAGGCGAAGAAAUUGAAAAGCAUCGAAAGUGGUAUCAGCCAGACUACUGUCAGCCAGGAAUUCGAAGAGUACGUCGAGCCAGACUUUCCUUUCACCUUGCCGUCUGGAAGCCUCUGGACGAAAGCAUGGUUCGUGUUCACCUGGCCCAUAAGGAUCCUCUUGUUCGUCAGCAUACCGGACACGCGGUACAAAAAAUUGAGGAAUUGGUACGCUCUGACAUUCGUCAUGUGCGUUAUUUGGAUCGCAGUGACGUCUUACAUGGUUUCUUGGAUGAUGACGGUGGUGGGCGACACUUUAGGGAUAGCGGAUUCCAUAAUGGGCAUAACUUUUCUAUCGGCCGGUGGGAACAUGCCGGAGCUCGUUUCGAUCGUGAUUUUGUCGAGGCAAGGGAAUGGCGACAUGGCAAUGAGCAACACCCUGGGGGCGAACACGCUCGACGUUCUUUUGUGUCUCGGACUGCCUUGGAUGAUAAGAACUUUAAUGACCGGCGAAGACGUGGAAAUCGAAUCCGGAGCUCUCGCUUACAGCGUCAUGUCUAUAAUCGUAUGCGUCAUCGGUUUUUUCAGUGUCACUGCGUACUACAAAUUUCAGCUUAACAAAAAGGUCGGCGCGGUUUGCCUCAUAAUGUACGCCCUUUUUCUCACCCUCGCCAUUCUCAUGGAAAUGAACGUUUUUUUUUUCGUCAAUUUGCCCAUGUGCGACAGCUGAAAUUCUGGUGCACACCGAAUCGUCAGAAAAAUAUCCACUUCUCGUAACGCACCUUUUUUUUUCUACACUCAGAAAAUGUGUAUUCUAUUCAGAUGUAAAUAUACAAACGAGAACGUAAUAUUGCUUGUAAAUAAUAAUUUGUAUUUAAACAUUUGACUCCUUGUACAUACGCGGCUCGAGAGACGAGAAAUUCAUUAAUUUAGCAACGAAUAACGAGCUCGAUUGAAAAACACGCCCAGAUAAUUUAAGGAGUUUCGGUACAGGCGAUACAAUGUUGCCAUGCUAAACCAUGCUAAAAGCAUAAAAAAUUUCAAAAAGUUGAGAAUUUUAUAAAAUUUGGUCAACAUAUUCUUUAGUG